GCGUCCGUAUCGCAUUCAUUCAUAAUUCUCGGUAUUUGCCCAGAUCUAUCAAAAUAACAUUUUUAAUUUGAUAGCGAGGCCACUUUUCAUAAGUACACUUAAUCUUUUUUCAAAUCAAUGUGGUUUCUUAUCUAUUCAUUAGCUCAUAAAUUAAUAAUAAGAAAUGAACUCUAUAUAUUUUUUGACCUUUGUAUAAUUUAAACUAAAAACUAUCUCUGGUUUCCCGGCAGUGUUUAGUAAAUGAAGAUUUUUCGUUUUCAUUAGUGCGCUUGUAAUUCCCAAGUUGUUUUUCGCCAACGCUGACGUAUAAAUGAGGGUGACGGCUGGCGAAAUCGUUGUGUUGUUUGGAAGGAGAGCAAGUUAGCACUCCCCUAGACAAGGAUGGAACACAUAAACGAACGAUAAUUAUGGUGCUUAUUGAAUCGUGUCUUGAACAAAUAGAUAAUGUAAAAUGACUAAAAUGUUCAAUUGAAUCAAAUGUUCAAUUGAAUCAUGCGAAGAGGACUCAUCGUGUUCGGAAUUCUAAUCAUUUGGAUGACUAUCCAGUUGAGAUACAAUGAAGCAGUUAUUUUCAAAUUAACAAAUGCAGUUUGCAAAAGCCAUAACCAGUCGUGGGUUUCCAUAAAUAAAUGCCGGCUACGUGCGAUUGCCCGCAAUAAGGCUGCCUUCUAUUUUAAUGCAUCCUUCUUACACCCCACUAAGAACAUUUUUCUUGAGGCGCAAAUCCUCAAGAAAGCCAGUGGCUUCAAACCAUGGCUUUAUAAAUUCAGUCUGGAUUGUUGCCGAUUUCUCAAGAAGUCGUAUAAUCCGGUUGCUAUUAUCUUGUAUAAUUUGUAUAGUGAAUUUUCUAAUCUCAAUCACACGUGUCCCUAUGUGGGUGAUCAAAUAAUUGAUGGCUUUUAUCCACGACCUGAACUCUUACAAGGCCUGCCUUUGCCAACUGGUGAUUAUUUAUUGGAAAUGACUUGGUUAUUUUAUAACAAACCUCAAUUUUUGACAAAUGUGUAUUUUCAAUUCACAGAAGAUUUGUAAUAGCGUAGUUAUGUCAUAAUAAAAUAAUCAUAUUACAUAUCUAAAAUUUUUCAAAAAUAAAUUAAAGCAAACGAC